UUUUGUUCUUAGUAUAAUAUUUGUGCAUUGUGUUAUAAUGCUGUUAUUUUUUUGUACAUUUUCUAAUAUCACCAGCACUGACAAAACUUUUUGGGUCCACCCCUGAUCUUUGGAAUUCUGUCAUUUGAUAAAUUUUCUUGUGUGGCAGCUGUGAUCCAUCAUUUCCAUCAGUGGAGCGCAUACCAUAUGCUCAAGCGUUACCAUAUGCUCAAGCGUUAGUUUUGGUUUCGCUGAGAGAAUUGGCUCUGUUUGGUUUUCCAAUUUAACCAAACCGACUUUUCGCGCCUCUCUCCCUCUCUCUGUCUCUCUACAAGCAGCCAUGGUGUCGCAAUAUGGAAUCAAACUUGCCACCUAUUUGAUUUCCUCUUCCUAUGGCGACCUUUGCUCUAAAGUAUGUGAGUGUUUGCUCAGUAGAGGAACCCUAACUCUCGCCCAAAUAAUUCGAUUCACAGAGCUCAGCAGAGAAAAUGUCAUAAACUGUUUACGCGUUUUAAUACACCAAAAUUGCGUCCAAGCCUUCUCCAUUCAGCAAGAAGUUGAAUUUGGCGAGGCGCCGAAAAUUGUGACGCAGUACAUGGCGCUAUUUGACAACAUGAUUCACAAAAUGAGGUUCCCAAAGUUCAUGCAAAUUGUUUCUGAAGAGCUUGGGUUAGAU